CUUCUCCCAAAGUGUCCCGGGACUCAGAGCUGCGCUUCUCCCACUCCCCUCAGCUUCCUUAGGAUUUUGUUUCUCAGGGAUGGCCGCAUCUAUUCUGGAGGUAGGGAAUGUAAUUGAAGACGCACGCUAUGGCUCCAGUCCUCUGGCUAUGUUAACUGCUACCUGUAACAAGUUUGGCAGCACCAGCCCCGUCAGGGAUUCGGCUACACCCGGUAAGACCGGCAGCACCACUCCAGUAAAGAAGCCCUACACCAUGACCUCUGACCUUCAGACAGCUAAGAACGGACGGACCGCAGACGGCAGUGGCCUGGCGGACUCCUACACUGGCUCCUUCACCACAGCUGCAGGAGGAGGAGGCGGUGGCGGGCUGCUUACUCCAACUGGAAGCCCCCCUCCUUCAGCCGGAGGCUACACUACAGAAUAUAAUCCUUUCUCCCACUCCUUCCAGACCUCUGUCUCCCAGGACCCGUCUCUUUUAGUGUCCAAGGCCCACGCUACGGCCGAUUGCCUCACCAGUGUCUAUACCUCACUGGACAUGACACACCCUUAUGGCUCCUGGUAUAAAGCCGGUAUCCACCCUGGCAUUACUGCUGCCCCGGCUAAUGCCACAUCCUCCUGGUGGGACGUCCACCCCAACUCCAACUGGCUGUCAGCAACGCAGCCCCAGGCGGACGGAGGCCUCCAGGCCUCCCUGCAGCCUGUAGCACCACAGGCCUCCCUGAGCCCACAACUGCCCAGUUACAGCACCGACUUUACACCCCUCAACCCAGCACCUUACCCCUCUGUGGGACUGGGCUCCUCCUCACACCUCCUCCAGCCUUCCCAGCAUAUGCUGCCCCAGGACAUGUACAAGCCCAAGCCUGUGCCAAGUGCAGGGCUGAUUGAGAGUCCCAUGGGCCUAAAGCCUGCUAGGGGAUCAGGGGGCUACAGCGGAGGGGCAGCACCCACUAGAUCCUCAUGUGACUGCCCCAACUGCCAGGAGCUGGAGAGGCUGGGAGCCUCUGCUGCAUCCCUGAGGAAGAAGCCAGUCCACAGCUGCCACAUCCCAGGCUGUGGGAAGGUCUAUGGCAAGGCCUCCCACCUCAAAGCCCACCUGCGCUGGCACACCGGUGAGCGGCCCUUUGUUUGCAACUGGCUGUUCUGCGGGAAGCGUUUCACCCGCUCGGACGAACUGGAGAGGCACGUGCGCACCCACACACGGGAGAAGAAGUUCACCUGUCUACUGUGCAACAAGCGUUUCACACGUAGCGACCACCUCUCAAAGCACCAGAAGACCCAUGCGGAUUCCGCAAUGCAGGGGAAAGCUGUAGCUGUGGAGGGAGACACAGAUCCUCGGAGUGAAGAGGCCGCAGAGCUCAACACCAGCGCUGUAGCCACCAAUCCUGUCGCUGACCAAAUCACCAACGGAGAUGAGAAGACUGGCACACCUAAUGGAGUGGAGAACAGCAGUGGACUGUUGGAGAUCUGA